AGCUUCAAUAAUGAAUCCUAAUUCCCCCAUUGACGUUGAUUUAACCCAGUUUUUAUAUACUGGGAAGCUGAUCGCCUACGCAAUUACAAUCAAUUCUUAAUCCCUCGUGCUUGAAGCCGCACAAUUUUGUGAAAUUGGGAACCCAAUUGAUAGCGAAUAUCUACUUUGAUUGCUUGCUUGGAGGCUCUUGCGCUGAAUAGAGGAUGCUGGAUUCUAACGCCUUCAGAAGGUAAUGAAGGGUUCAUGGGAAGGGGGAAAGAUCUGAAUUCAACAUGCUCUUCUGCAAGUACAACUGAUAGUAUAGAUAGAACUCAGCAAUCUGUUUGUCCAGAGUUAGGGUCUAAAGAUCACGUAUCCUCCAAAGCCUCCUUAUGGUCAAGCUUCCUUACAUCUACUUUAACAAUCUUUGAACAUCACAAAGAGCCCUCUGUUAGUGAAAAGAAGACAUUUCAUUCUCGACAAAAUGUCUGGACAACUGUAAGAAAAGUUAUGACUAGUGGCUCAAUGAGGAGACUUCAGGAGCGCAUAUUGGGUUCUCACAGGAGUGGUGUCUAUAGCUCCGGCGGUGAUAUAUGGCUUCUUGGUGUGUGCCAUAAAAUUUCCCAGGAUCAGGCUCCUGAUGAUGUUACUAGCAAUGGUGCAGCAGGAUUCGAGCUAGAUUUUUCAUCUAGAAUUCUGAUUACCUAUCGUAAAGGUUUCAAUGUUAUUCAAGACUCAAAAUACACCAGUGAUGUAAAUUGGGGCUGCAUGCUAAGAAGCAGUCAAAUGCUUGUUGCUCAGGCAUUACUUUUUCAUAGAUUAGGAAGAUCUUGGAGAAAGACUUCUCGGAAGCCAUUGGAUAAAGAAUAUGUUGAAAUUUUGCACCUUUUUGGUGACUCGGAGAAGUCAGCAUUUUCAAUCCAUAAUAUUCUUCAGGCAGGAAGGGCCUAUGACCUUGCUGCUGGGUCAUGGGUGGGACCUUAUGCGAUGUGUAGGUCAUGGGAGACUCUUGUCCGCUUAAAGAGGGAGACCCCUAAUCUCCAAGACCAGCAACUCCCAAUGGCCAUUUACAUUGUUUCUGGAGACGAGGACGGAGAGAGAGGUGGUGCUCCAGUUUUAUACAUUGAUGAUGCCUCAAGACAUUGUUUUGAGUUUUCAAAAGGCCAACUUGAUUGGACCCCCAUUCUUUUAUUAGUUCCUUUGGUUCUUGGACUUGAAAAAAUCAAUCCAAGGUACAUCCUAUCAUUGAAAACGACAUUUACCUUUCCUCAAAGCCUCGGGAUCUUGGGAGGGAAGCCCAGUGUUUCAACAUACAUUGUGGGUGUUCAAGAUGAAAAUGCCUUUUAUCUUGAUCCACAUGAAGUUCAGCAGGUAGUUAAUAUUGAUAAGGAUGACCUAGACGCAGAUACUUCCUCUUAUCACUGCAAUGUUAUCCGGCACAUCCCCUUAGAAUCCAUGGAUCCUUCUCUAGCAAUUGGAUUUUAUUGUCGAGACAAAGAUGAUUUCGACGAUUUCUGUUAUCGGGCAUCGAAGUUGGCAGACAAGUCGGAUGGAGCGCCAUUGUUUACAGUUGCUGAAACACAUUCCACGAAUUCAGGGAGACACGGCAAUGCAUUGGAUAACUGUAGUAGGUUAGUGGAGGACGAUACUGAUGGCGUGGUGCACAUGCCGAACGAAGAGGAGGAGGCACAUGAGGACGACUGGCAAUUUCUUUGAUGAAAAUAGAACCUGUUUGGGAAUCUGGCAAAGGGAUGGUAUCCUUCCUUGAUUAUUGCUCCAGGCUUGCUUCCCAAGUUCCCCUGAGCUUUGUUGGUAAUAGGAUUGAAAUGGGGGGAGAUGCCCAAAAUAUGUCAAAUGUUUUAGUUUCUGUAGUGUUACUUUUGCAAAGGUGUUGAGUUAUUUGGAUCCUUAUUUGUUGAAUUGUUUAUUCUUGGUCCGCUUUCGUCUGAAGUUAUACAUUCGUGUGUGUAUAAUAAUGAGGUUCAAUUCAAAUUCAUAAAUGAAUUAUCAAUGCUCCGAUUCUUCCACUGCAAA